AUGUGAAUUUCGGAUCGAUCUCACCCCGCCGCCUACCACACCGGCGCUAGGGUUUCGGGGGAAGAAGAAAUAACAGGAGAGAGAUGAACAGGUUCCAUUUGUUGUCCCUCAUCUCCAAAACUCUCGCUCAUAAUCGUCCUCCUCGUUCCGGCGAUACCGUCCUGUUCUCCGUCUUCCCUUACUCUUCCGACGCCGCUUCCGCUGGCUCCAGCACUGGGCAACACAUGUUCAUGGCCCAGUAUCUCGUCGAAUCCUGCGGUUUCGACCAGAAGAAGGCCGCUGAUACCUCGAAGUUUCUCUGCGGCAUCAAAUCGCGGCAGCAGCCAGACUCCGUCCUUGCCUUCUUAAAAAGUUACGACUUCGACGACAAAUCUGUGAAAAAUAUCCUAGUUGUCUUUCCCCAAUGUCUUCUUUUGGACGUAGAGAAAUCUCUGGCCCCAAAGUUCCGAGCUUUCCAGGAUCUGGGUCUCUCCCGAUCCGACAUCGUCCACCUCGUCCGAUCUAAUCCCGUCGUCCUCAAUAACAGAUUUGAAACCAUUCUGCCAAAGAUCCGAUUUUGGCUAAGCAUUCUUGGGUCCAAGGAUUUGCUGGUGAAGCUGUUCAAGCAAAACCGGUGGUUUCUUGGGUACAGUGUCGAUAAAAGGGUCCGACCCAACCUCGAGAUUCUACAGGAGUAUGGAGUCACUGGCCAGAAGCUCGCUACUAUCUUGCAGUAUCGACCGAGGAUUGUGUUGCAGAAACCUGAUUCAUUGAAAUCAUUGAUCAGUCGCGUGGAGAACUUGGGAGUGUCGCGGACAUCAGGGAUGUUCCACUGGACCCUGUCGGCUGUCAGUGCGGUGCAUCCAAACAAGUUCAAGAUGCAAUUGGAGUUGUUCAGGGGCUUCGGGUGGUCCGAAGAUGAUUAUUUUGCUGCAUUCCGAAAGUCUCCUACCUUUACCAAUGUAUCUGUGAAGACUUUGCAGAGAAAAAUGGAGUUCUUUGUGAAUGAGGCUGGAUAUGCUUCAUCUGACGUAAUGAUGUAUCCAGUGAUAUUAACAUAUAGCUUGGAGAAAAGGUUGAUUCCGAGAUAUCAGAUCUUGAUAUUCUUGAAGUUCAACGGAUACAUCAAAAAUUUUGGCAAGUUGUCGACGUACAUAAGUUAUUCAGAGAAGAGAUUCUUUGAGAUGUAUAUCCUUCGCUAUAAGGAUGAGUGUCCUGAUCUGAUUGAAUUCUAUGCAAGUUUAAAAAAACACUAAUGCUUCUGAUUCUGAACUUCAAUUAGAUAAGAACAAUCCGCAGAAUCAUGAACUUGUUUUUGAAUGGCAAUGGAGCUAAUAGCUGGCAGAUUCAUAGCUUAUUAUGUUAAAUUAUUAUUAUUCUUGUAUUCAUGUUGACACUACUACAAGAGUGACAUUCUUCUUUUAUGAGCAUGGCAAAGCCUUCUUGAGAAGUAAUUACUUGUCUACAUUCUAGCAAAUGCUUGAAUCACAUUGUAAAUCAACAACUUUCUCAGAAAUAGCUCUGAU